ACCGUCAUUUUCAUAAGAAUGUCAGUGGAGUCUGUGGUAGGCAUACCAUCCAUAUAUAACCUUAAAUUUGUAAUCUUGAUUGUUUAUAAAAAAUGGCUUUGUCUCAAAUUAUUAAGCAGCCUACAAUGAAAUUAUUAGAAGAAAAGUUCUUAGCAUUAAGUAUACAAUCGUGUUCCGCAAUACAAACACGACACAAACAAGUUGCCCCACAGCCGAGAUUACGGCAUCCAACAUGGUUAACGAAGAAAAAUCGUGUGAUUCACGAUGACUUUCUAACAGCAGACAAUGCAGAAUUCGUGCAAGAAGUCACAAAAGAUAAAUAUGAGAUACCUCCGAAAGUUGAAUUACCAAAAAACAUUAUCGAGUGGACUCCUAAACUGAAGAGGACCGGUGUUAUCGCACGUAAAAUUGGCGAGCUGCCCUUGUGGCUUAAAACAGGCAAGAAAAUCAGCACGACUUUGUUGCAAGUUCUAGAUAAUCAUGUAAUCAAGUAUUAUACGCCCGAAGAAUACGAUCCACCUCGUAAGCGACCCACUAGAAUUAAGAACAAAGCUGGUUGUUUACUAUUGGGGGCACAGGCAACAGAUCCAACUUACUUGACAAAGGAGUACUGUUCCUUGUUUAAAAAUACCGGGCUUAUGCCAAAAAAGUAUUUGGCAAGAUUUUUCAUUAGUCCCGAUGCAGUUUUGCCAACAGGUACUCCGAUCACUGCCCAACAUUUCAGUGUGGGAAAUUACGUUGACGUCCGUGGGCUAACGAAAUAUCGUGGCUUUCAAGGUGUUAUGAAACGUCACGGUUUUAAAGGCAUGCCAGCUUCCCAUGGGGUUACAAAAACUCACAGGAGAGGCGGUAAUAUUGGUGGAGGUGGCGAGAAGGGAAGAGUGUGGCCGGGCACAAAAAUGCCAGGUCACAUGGGAAAUCGGUACCGAUUUGCCAAAGGAUUAAAAGUGUGGAGAAUAAAUACCAAACAUAAUGUGCUGUGGGUUUCUGGUAUUGCGGUUCCCGGUGCCACUAAUUCAAUCGUGUACAUUUAUGAUACAAAUUUGCCAACGCGUAAACCUUUAAAACCAUUGGCAUUUCCCACAUACUUUGGUCUAGAUGAUAAUGUAGUUGAAGAAGAUAUAUAUGAUGAAAGUUUACAACGAUUUAGUGAUCCUACCAUUGUUUUCCAAAAGGAAUAGUUUCUUGUUUACUACUAUAUUUUGUUUUAAAUAUAAUCAUUAACAUACA